ACUACCUGCUCAGGUGCUUAUGGAGCAUGUUUCCUCUGCAGGUGACGACAGGUACGGCAGGAAGUUGAUCACCUUCAGCAGCUGCUGUUUGCCUCCGUCACACCAGCUGAACCACCUCCGCCUGCUGGAGUACCUGAAGUUCACGCUGGACCAGUACGUGGAGAUGGACUACAUCCUGGUGUACUUCCAUCACGGCCUGAGGAGCAGCAACAAGCCGUCACUCAAGUGGCUCCGAGAAGCUUACGGCGAGUUUGACAGGAAGUACAAGAAGAACAUGAAGACGCUUUACGUCGUCCAUCCGACCAACUUCAUCCGCCUCGUCUGGAACCUUUUCAAGCCUCUGAUCAGUCACAAGUUUGGGAAGAAGCUGACGUACGUGAACCACCUGAGCGACCUGUGGGAGCACCUGAACUACCAGCAGCUCCUCGUGCCCCCGGAGGUGCUCAGACACGAUGAAAAGCUCCGAGCUGCUCAGAGAGGACGACCCCCCCCCGCGGUGAGGACCCCCCCGCCCCGCCCCCCCCUGCCCAGCCAGCAGUUUGGAGUCAGUCUGCAGUACUUGAGGGAGAAGAACGCAGAGAUGAUCCCACCUGUGAUGUCGCAGACUGUGACCUACCUGAAGCAGAAAGGUCUGAGGACCGAGGGCAUCUUCAGACGCUCGGCUCGAGUCCAGCUCAUCAAGGACGUCCAGAGGCUCUACAACCUGGGUAAACCGGUGAACUUUGACCUGUACGAGAACGUUCACGUCCCUGCUGUCAUCCUGAAGACGUUCCUCAGAGAGAUGCCCGAACCACUGCUGACCUUCGGGCUCUACAGCCAGGUGCAGGACCUCCUCAACGUGGAGAGCAGUCUGAGGGUCAGCAGGUGUCAGCAGAUGAUGGAAAGUCUUCCUGAACAUAAUUUCAUUGUAGCAAAAUACCUGCUGGGCUUCCUGCACAUGGUGUCCCAGCAGAGCAUCGUGAACAAGAUGAGCUCCUCUAACCUGGCCUGCGUGUUCGGGGUCAACCUGCUGUGGCCUGGCCACGCCCCCCUGUCCCUCGCCGCCCUCACGCCCAUCAACAUGUGCACCGAGAUCCUGGUGGAGCAUUUCCCCAGCGUGUUUGGCUCCCGCAACCCGCCGUCCCAGCGGGACCCUUAAGACCUAAACCCACAAUAAAUACUAAAGAUGCUGGUUUGCUUACAGAUCUUCUCUUCUGCCCUCUUGGACUCUUCAUCCAUUACAGACUGAUAAAUGAUAAUAAGUAAAUUCCAUAAAGAGGUUUUCAUCCCACAAAAACGGACUUUGUGUUUCACCUGAAAGUGUUUAAACACACAGAACAUGUGAAGGAUUCAUUCAAAUGUUUAAACACUUAAAUCAGAAUUGAUCAACAUUUGA